AUGGUUUGGCAAAAGUAUUGGGAAGACUAUUGGUAUAAGCCACUCGAAAAAGGAGCGUUGGGACCUAGUCCAAAAGCUGAGUUAAUUAAAAACAGACCAUUGCGCUUUCAAGGUAAAAGUAGGAUGGAUGCUUACAACCCGAUGUAUUACACGUAUAAUUUUGGUUCAGACCACGGUAUUCCCAGAUCCAAAACAGUGAGCAGACUGCUAGAUGUAGUACAUUCCUUGAGUGACAUGGACUUUGGAGUCGAACCUGUUAGUGUCAAACCUGUUAGUACCGAACCUGUUAAAGGAAUAAACACAUCGAUAAAAGGUUUCACGGGAAAGAAGAAAAUAGACGAGGAUACACCAAAGCAAGACACCAAAGAAAGAAGGUUCAAACGCUUUAGAAACGCAAUUCACCAAAUUAAAAGUCGUUGCAAAAGUUCCGGUUCCCGUAACAGGAUAGAAACAAAUAAAGCCAAGGAUAACUCACUGAAAAAUAAUAGGCAGACUCAACUCCAACCGGAAAGGAUUGAACAGAAGGAAAACCACAAGUCUUCAACAAACAAAGCUUCCAAUACUGUAAUCCCUCGUAAAAACUUCAUCAUUCUUGGUGAACUAACAGUAAACGACAAAUCUAGAGUCCCAUUAGGCUACUCUCGGUUGUGGAAAGAGACUGAAAAGAUGGGAAAACGAAGCGUAAAGAUUCAACAUCGUCAGUGUUGCGGUACCAACUAG